GAUCUGCGGGCCCUGCCUGUGGCCGCCGGCGGCAGCGCCUCCCCGUGGGCAGAGCCGGGCUCCGCAGGGAGCAGGAGCGUGCGCGCUGGGGCCGCCGGCUUGGGAAAGAGGCGGCAGCAGGAGCGGCUGGGACGAGAAAGAAUGACUGAAGAUUAAAAGGACAAUGGGCUGCGUGUAUCCUGAUGGCAUCUUGUGUACAGUGACAAGUUACUUGCUAUGGCAUCUGAGACUGAAAAGGCUCAUGCUCUUCUCCAAACUUUCAGCACAGCUUCAGUUAUUUCCAGUUUAGGAUUGGGAAUAUUCUGCUUCAUAGCAGACCGACUUCUGCAGUUCUCUUUCAUUCAGCAACACGACUGGGUCCGAGCUCUCUCUGAUAAUGCAGUGCAUGGUGUGGUGGGAAUAUGGUCCUGGGUGAUAGUGAUUGGGCUCAGGAAGAAGAGUGACUUUAGUGAAGUCAUUUUAGCUGGUUUCCUCUCUUCUGUCAUUGAUGUGGACCAUUUUUUUCUAGCUCGCUCCCUUUCACUACAGGCUGCUCUGACUCUUCCGCAAAGACCACUUCUUCAUUGUUCUACUGUGAUUCCUGUUGUGGCUGUGACAUUAAAGUUUAUUAUGCACCUUUUCAGGCUGAAGGACUCAUGGUGCUUUCUUCCCUGGAUGUUGUGUAUAUCCUGGACUUCUCACCAUGUCCGUGAUGGAAUUCGUCAUGGCCUCUGGAUCUGUCCAUUUGGAAAAACUGCUCCCUUGCCAUACUGGUUUUAUGUGGCAAUCACAGCAUCUUUACCUCAUCUGUGUUCAUUUGUUAUGUAUUUAACAGGUACUGGAGAACUAAUGUCUAUAAAACAUGGAAUUCACAUUGAUGUCUAAGGAUGAUAGUCCUUGAAAGUCACUUGUUUUGAAGAUUAUAGUGAAGUUGAUCCCUGUGCAUUCCUCAUGAUUUCUAAUUUAGGCAAUUUGAAGCCAUUUAUAAUUCCAGAAUUGAUUAUUUGUGGCUACAGAAAUCUGUUGUCUGAAUGAUGUUGAUGUAAUUUCCAGGCAUCCUCUUUAUGACAUCUGUAGCCUUCAAUGUCAGUUCUGUAAUAGCUAAUUAAUAUAUAAAAUUCAGUCAUUCCUAAAUAUUUAAAUUUCCUCCUCCUCCUAUUAUCUCUGCUAUAAUAGUGCCAUUCCUCUGGUCACCCUCCACUUAGGGAAAUAUAUUCUCCCUUUGAGCACCCACUUUUUUUCCUAUAAUUAACAUUUGCACAGUACUUUGAAGAUGCAAAGCACUACAAAAGUGCUAAGUAUUAGAAUUCAGUGCUGUAUAUCCCUUCUGAGAAAUAUCUAACAGCUGUUUUUGUAACUUGUUAGUUUACCCCAUUUGAGUCUAACUUCUUGUACUCAAAUGGCUGGAAAAAUAAUGCUGCUUGUUUUUUCAGGAUGUGCUACUGAUUGUCUUGGGAACACUUAACAGUGACUGCUAUUUAGUAAAAUGUAUUCCAAGCACUGCUCUUGCAUAGUUGCCUGAUACUCAAUUUCCAAAAACCUCUUAUCUGGGAUUUUUGUUUAGAAAAGAGAAAACAAUUAGUUUAGGAGGAUUGUGUCUGUGAAAUUACAGAAGGUUUGCAUUAUUUAAUACUAAUAAAUAUUUAUUUUAUCUAAUAUUUAAACAAUUGUGUUAAAGGCUUAUUUGCUGCAGGAAAGUUUAAAGAAUAAGCUUUAAAGAAUUUUCAGUUAAAUCCUAAGAAAAUUGAAACGACUCCAGAAAUAUAGCUAUUGUAUUAAGAGUUUACUACUGUAUCUAUUACCUGUUACUGUGAAGCUUUUUUUAGCUGCAGCAGCUUCUACUAAAUAUAAUAUUGUUCCUCUACUUAAAAACAAAAGCACCUCAUUAUACUGAAAUGUUAUUUUAUGCUGGUAAAAUCCAACUUUGUGCGUGUGGCAAAUUCAUGAAAAUGGCAGGAAUGUGCACCAUGAGCUUAUUCAAAGUAACCUUUUUCAUUCUGUAGAAAUCUCUCAGAAAAUCCCCAAAAUAGAACUCUGUGUGUUAGGUUUUAGUGGGUAGCAUUAUAAGUUGUGAAAUAUUUUGCUUCAACCUCUUCCUUAAAAACUCUUAAAACAACAAAUUCCAAUUUAUUUAUAGGUGUAAAGAGCCAGAUUCUUGGCUGGUGUAAGCUAGUGACUUCAGUGGAGCUAUGCCAACUUACACCACCUGAAGAUCUAGCCUGAGAUGUUGUUUUUAUGGAAGAGAAACUGCAGAGUUGGAUUUGUUUAAAAUAAUCGGAACGAUCAGUAAAGAACAACUUCUGUAUUUUCUGCAUUUUAGAGCUCCCUAAAUUUACCUCUGCUAUUGCUGACUCAUGGGGGCUGCAUAGACCUUCUGUGCUAUGCAGCUGUGCAUACUGCACCCUAUUCUGAAAAGUUACUUCCCGCCAAUCUUCUCUCAGAAGCAGAAGACUCAGCACCACUUGAGUAUAAUAUGGUAAUUAGGCUUGUGAGAAGAAUGUUGAGGCAGUUAGUCUGCUUAGCAUGAAACCUAAAAGUCUUAAAGUUCCCUCCUUGGAAAGAAAAUUUGAGGGAGCAGUAUGGCAUGAAAAGAGGAAGCUUCUUUAGGAGUGCUUUGCACAGCAUGUGAAUCUUUCCCUUUUAUGUGCAACAAAUGCUGCAAUGGACAGUGGGUAUCAAAGUCGGGGAGGCUGAGCUUCCGCAAACAGCCUUGCGUGGCCCUGCCCAGGCUCCACCUCCAGGUCCCCUCCUGCUUCCUGGCGCUGCGCUGCGGUGGGCUCUUCCCCUGUGGCCGGGGCCCCAGGCUGGGACUAAUGGGGGCUGGCCUGCAGCCAGGGACUCCACCUGGCGCUCCGGGCCUGGGGAGUGGGGCUGGGAGCUGGUGGGCAGGGCCUCAGGCAGAAGGGGUGGGCGGGGCUGGGGGCUAGCCUCCCUAAGCCCGGGGUUCACCCACUGCCCAGGAAUGCAGCCCAGAAUGCAACACCACACGCAUUUCAAAUUGUAUAGUGCCUUUUUUUUAUUAAAACAAUAAAUAAAAUCCCUACCCUAUUCGGAGAAUAAAAGUCUGUUUUCUCCUCUUAACGUUUAUUUAAAAAUAUAGGCUACCAAAUGUUUAGUUAUUAAAACCCGUGCAUGAAGAAAAUCCAUAUAGGAAAGUUUGUUCUGUUCUUGUUUCAUAGUACAGUAUUAUCUGUAAUUUAUUUUUAUUCAAAGACUAUUAUGAUAAAACUGAAAUGAAACUCUCACAAAUGGGGGAAAGGGGACUAAAGAUUCUUAAAGAUAAUUAAAUUUUCAGGUUGUAAUCACAGCAUUUUUGUACCAGAUACAUUUCUGCCAAUUUUCCUUAAGACUAGUACUAUAAAAAAAGUUUGGUUCUUCCUUGAGAAAUGUUCCUAUGAGUGCUCCACUCCUGGUGCACAUGUGCCCAAUACAUCCUUGAUUGGAGAUUUUCAUUAGCAGUGUUCACUUGGCCUGCACAUGUGCUGUUGGUAUCCUUUGCCUUGCACUGAGGCUAUAUCAGGCUGUGUGGGUGAACCUCCCCCUCGGUUCCUUCUCAACCACCUCAGCUUGAGACGGAGCUAGCAUGUUUAUUUCUCGCCUACUUUGGGCAUUUAUGGAGCUUCUCUUUAGCUUAGUUAACUGGUUUGUUAGUUGUAGUUAGCUUAGUGUUUAAAACAAAACAACACUCUCCUUUUGGUUAGGAAUACUUGUUCUGUUCCCGUCAGGGAAAUUCUCCCUGUGAGGCACGUGCCUGGUUCACUGGAGUUUAAAUGCUGCCUCUUGUGUAAAGAGGCCGUCCCAGCUGGUGACAGGCUUUCACUGCCUGGGCAAGUCCUACAUGCCGCAGAAGUGCAACUUCCAUCUAGCCCUGAAAUCUAGGGUUUGGAAUAACUAAGAAAUCAAACUUCAACUCCUCAUGAUUAAGUGUUCCCUCUGCCCUCCUUUGGAACCAGGUCAGGACCCCUCUGAAUAUCAGUCUCCAGGAGUUUCUAGUGUCCCAUCCACCUUGGUGCAAUAUUUUCCUAGCAAGAAGAAAUGCUCAGAGCCCUCCUCCCAAAUCCUCUCAGAAGAGGAGAUCUAGUUCCUCUCCCAGGGAUUCUCCUUCAAAAAGACCUCUGUCUCCAGCCAGAUCUACAGCCUCGAAAAGGUCUUCCUUGAGGCUCAAUACUGUAGAGAGGAAAGGUCCCUCUCAGGGGGAUGUUGGAAAACACAGCUCUAAGGCUAAACAGGGCUCUAGGAAGAUCCUGGCACCCUUGGCUGGGGACAGCACCGAACAUAGAAGAUCUAUACUGUCAACUCUGACUCAUCUCUCAAUGCCCUUACCAAGUGUUUCAAUAUCAUGUAAGCCUCCAACCUCUUCGAAGCCAGCUUGAAAGCACCUUAUGCUUCUGGUACCAUUGGACAAAGACAAACAGCACCACUGAGUACCACAGGACUUCAGAUAUUAGAGAGACUUGGCAGUGACUGUUCAACCAGAGUCUCCAUUGCUGGUAGGUAGUGAACAUCUUUUGCUACCUAGAACCUCUUGGUCUCUGGAUCUUUUUGCAUCCCCGGUUCCAUUGCCACCCUUUUCUGUAGGAAUUCCCCCAUUAGAAAAAGAGGAUGUUGAUGAUGACCUACCCACUGCUGCUUCCAUUUCAGUGCAGGGUUCUCCAGUACACCCUUACGCUAACCCCUUCUCCCGAAGGGGCAGGGAAGAUACUCUGGGAUCUCAUCAUUCCUGGUGAGAGCAACCCUGGAUGCCAAACCCUCCCCUGUAUGGCCAUGCUGGGACCCCUAUUAUCACCUGUUUUCUAGGGCCUGAUCUUAUCCCGUUGGGAUGAUAGGGAGAACUAAGCUUCCCCCCAGCAACAGAGGAAACAUUUGAGGAGGAGGAGGCCAGAGUGGACAAAGAAGCCAUGUCUCAAACCACCAUCUCAUCCUCUUUGCCAGAUGAGGCCCUGAUGCUUCCUCUUCCUUCAAUAGCCAAUCCAGGACCUUGUUAAGUGGGUGGCAGACUCUCUGCAGAUACCCCUUGAGGAGGUUGGAGAACCCCCACAAGCUGUUGGACAUUCUACAUUCCAACACCAUCUAGAGUUAACCUCUCUAUUAAUGAGAUUCUACUGGAACAUGCUAUCUGGCAAACCCUGGGUACAUUGCACCCACUUGUAAGAGGUCCCACAAAAAAUAGUCUAUCCCCACCAAGAACUCUGAAUUCCUCAUCUCCCACUCACCUCCCAAUUCUCCAGUUGUCGAUGCGGUUACCGAGUGGGGCAAACAACGCCAUUAUAAAGUCAUUCUAUAUGACAGAGACCAAAACCACCUGGACCUCCUGGGAAGGAAGGCUUACUCAUUGGCUAUGCUGCAAUUACUAAUUACAAAUUACUAAGCAUUGAUGGGCAAGUACAACUUCACCAGCUACAUGAAAUAUGGGUCAUUUAUUGAACAUCUUCCUCUAGAUCAAAGGGAACAAUUUGAGGCCAGUAUUGCUGAGGGACAGUUAUUGGGAAGAACACUGCUGCAGGCAGCACUCAAUACUGCAGACACCAAAGCUUAUUCUGUUUCUUGGCGGUGGUGAGUUGGGCUUCCUGGCUACAGUCGUCUGGCUUCCCAGUCAAGGAUCUCCCAUUUGAUGGAUGGAAGUUGUUUUCAGAGAACACAGAUGAGUCGUUACAUAUUUUCCAGGGUUACAUUACACUUGUUAGGCAUCUGUACUCCUGCAAACCAAUUUAAGUUCAGCAGAUCACAAAUGAUACUAAGAUCCCACCCUGUACAACUCUCCAGAUUCCAGAGACCCGCAGAACCUCAGGAAGAAAGGCAGGUUCCAGAGGAAGAGACAGUAUAAUCCAUCUGACAUGGCUUCAUAACAAGUGUCAUCAUUAAAGCAUUAGUUUUGAUGGGACAGUUGAAGGUUCGAAUUCCCUCCCUCAUUAGCCUGCCAGUUUCAUUGUUUUGCUCAUCUUCCCCCAUUUGGAAACACACUCCCGUUUCCAGCCUGCCUGGGACUGUAUCACCUCAGACAAAUGGGUGCUGGAAGUAAUAUCAUCGGGCUACACCAUCCACAUUACCUUCCUUCCUUCCUCCCUCCUCAUUCCCCUUCCCCGUCCCUUUUCAGGGACCCCUCUCACAAGCCCCUGCUAAGGCAGAAAAUAAACUCUUCUGUAAGGUGCAAUAGAACUGGUACCUGCUCAGUACAGGGGAAAGGUUUUCUAUUCAGACUAUUUCCUUAUAUCAAAGAAGAAUGGAGGGUGGCAACCAAUUCUAGAUGUCUAAACAAAUUUAUGAAAUCCCAGAGGUUCAGGCAGGUGACCCUGGUGGCUAAAAUUCCAUCUCUAGAUUCAGGGGAUUGUUAUUUGGCUCUCAACCUCCAGGACGUACUUCCAUAUAGCAAUGCACCCAUCUCACAAGAGAUUCCUCCAAUUAGAGUAGACCAGGAUCAUUUUCAGUAUUGUGUGCUCCUUGUUCUCAGCUCCGAGAAUGUUUUUGAAGGUUCUAUCGGUAGUGGCUGCGUAUCUAUGUCGUCAGGCUAUUGUGAUAUUCUCUUAACUUGAGGAUAGGCUACUCAAGUCUCAAUCUUACCAACAGGUGUCCAUAUUCCACAAAGAUAGGGUGUCCUUAUGGCCACAUCCCAGAUUUCUCCCUAAAGUAACUUCCAAAUUUCACCUGAAUCAGACCAUAUACAUGCCAGUUUUCUUUCCAAAACUGCAUACUUCUAACCAGGAGACUGUUCUCCCCACUGUAGAUGAGAGGAGGACAUUAUCCCUCUAUCUGGAGAGAACUAAGCUAUUUUGUAAAUCCAAUAGACAGUUUGUUUUGAUUGCAGGCAGGUCAAAGGGCUCUGCUAUUUCUACCCAGGGGCUCUCUAAAUGGAUUUCUGAGUGUAUUAUAGUUUCCUAUCAGGUUGUCGAUGUUUCAUCAGCUUUUUGGUGCACUCGACUAGAGCGUGAUCUACAUCUAUGGCUUUCCUUAGAAAUGUUCCAUUUCAGAAAUCUGCAGAGUUACUACAUGGUCUUUACUACAUACCUUCUCUAGACACUGCCCUGGUCAAUGUCUCCAGAUACGAUGCUGCAGUUGGCAAUGCAGUUCUCUCUUCUAUGAUGGACUCCAUUCCAAAGUCCCCCUCCUACUGGGGACACUACUCAGGAGUCACCAAGAAUGGAGCACUCAUAGGGACACUACUCGAAGGUUACUCACCUGUGCAGUAACUGUGGUUCUUCUAGAUGUGUGUUCCUGCAAGUGCUUCAGUACCUACCCUCUUUCCCCUCUUCUUUGGAAUUUCCUCCGAGAUUCAAUAGUGCAGAAGGAACUAAGAGAGUGGUUUCCCGUACGGCCUUGGUGCAAGGCAAAAGGAUACCACUGGUGCAUGUGUGGGCUGAAUGGACACUGCUAAUGAAAAUCUCCAAUCAAGGCACAUGCACCAAGAGUGGAACACCCAUAGGGUGAGUAACCUCUUCUCACCUCUUGGAAAUUGGCCAUCCUGAUUAUCACUACAAAAGGUUUUUUUCUCCUGCUGAUAAUAGCCCACCUUAACUGAUUACUCUCGUUAUAGUUAGUAUGACA